UAUUGUAGGAAUAUUCCAUUGGUCUAGGCAUAACGCUAGUUCCACCAAUCACUUUUUAGUGAAACGUUCAUGAUUCCUUGAAACCCUGUUUGGCGUCUGCGCAUGUUUCACUCAAAAGACCGUUAUCGUGUUGCCAACUAUUUCCGGAAUAAAGGUUCGUCCACUUUUCGGUACACGCGCAAUGGAGGAAGAGCCAUUUUGUUCAGAGAAACAACGUGGCAGCCGGUGUACCCGGUAUUCUUGUUACCAUGAAUAUUCACCUACUGUUGUUAAUUAUCGUCACGUGUGUAACAGUAUGUUAUUCAGCUCCAGAAUUACUACUAUCAACAAAUUCUUAUUUAACAACGGCUGAUAGAGCACAUUUCAAGAAAAUUCUUGAACCAGGUUUAACCUCUCACGAUUUAUCGUCCAUAUAUUAUACUGUUAAUGGAUACGCAUUUCUUGGAGAAGCUUUACCAAAUAAGCAGGUCAUUUGUGAUUAUCUGACGGAAGUUACAAAAGAUGAAAAUAUUACAGGGGAGAAUGCUUUUUACAUUGCAUCUAUAUGGCGAACUAUAGGAAAUUGUCAGCGUAAAUCUACAUCUGUAAUUUCAAAGGUGCUUUCAAGUACAAUAGAGAAAGAUACAUCUAGUAUCGUGGAAUUAUACUAUGCAGUGAAUGGACUAGCUGCCUUGUCUGAAAAACUGCCACGCAAUAAGGUUGACAAAGUAAUCAAAGCCAUAGAGAAUACCUUACAAAAAGAUGACAAUUUAUGGAAUUUAGGGUAUACUUUCCACAUUGCCUCGGAUUUAGGAAUAAGCGGAACAUUUGCUUUCACUCGUCUCGAAGAUGCAAUUAUACAGGCUGACGAAGUAGAUGGACAGUAUUUACAGUUUGAGGGCGGUCUUUCCGUGACUAGUUUCUUAGUAAACGGUAUAUUUAAACUUUCUAACACACUGAAGGAGAAACCACCAUUAACGUCCCAGCAAACUGUUAAAAUAGCUAAUUAUCUUCUGUCUCGGCGAUCUGUACAGACACCUAGAGGUGUUACCAACUUACUAUCGGCGUUAACGACUUUAGCAAAUAACGAUUAUGAAAAACCAAUUUGCGUAACGCUAGCCAAUGAAGGAAUUAGCAUUUCUACUCAGCAGCCUUUUGUCACGGUGAAAGUUUGCGAUAUCCUCGGUAAUCCGCUUACCAGCGUACCUAAAGUGAUCGCAAACUCUGCAACGAGAGUCGGCGACGACGCUGCUAUUUUGAGUAACGAGAACUUCCAGCCAUCGCCAAACGACAAGACAUUGUUCACGAUCAAUUUGAUGAAGAUGAAACCGGAACGUGGAUUUUACAAGGUAUCCAUUGCCGCAGGAUCAGUAACUAAUACCGUUACGGUAAAAGUUCUUUGCGAAGUGGUAGUUGAUCAUUUAGAAAUUGGUACUGCCGAUGCCGAUCAAACUACUCAGCCAAAACUUACACGAGUACUUUAUCCAAAGAAAUUGUCUGAAAAGAUAGAGGCCGAUUCUCAGCAAAAACUAGUUAUGCGAUUUUUAUUCAGAGACGGUACUACUAAAAAACCUAUGCGCACCCAUCAAACUUUUGUACGGCUUUCUUCGGUAGCUAAUUCGAACAGUGAUAAAAAGGCUCGUGAAAUCCUGUUGGUCGCCGAACCGGAUGCAUCGCAUCUUUACAAGUUCGAUAUGCCAGUUGGAAGUAUGGCAGCAAAUUUUGAUUAUCUAAGUGGGGAUUAUAACGUGGAGUUAAUCGUCGGCGAUGCAGUGUUGAGUAAUCCUUUCCAGUGGACAGUGGCGACGGUCACUUUAAAAUUCCCUGAACCGAUAUCAACUGAACGGGCAGAUAAAGGUGUCUUGUACAAAUACAAGUCCAAUAUCUAUGAGACCAAACCAGAGAUAAAGCAUAUGUUCCGUGAACGCGAAAAGAGACCUCCAGCAUUCGUUUCCAAUUUAUUCAGUGGUUUAUGCUUAGCUCCAGUUCUUUUAUUAUUAAUUUUGUGGGCAAAACUAGGAGUGAAUAUAUCGAAUUUCCCAAUUUCGGUUAGCGCACUUAUGUUCCAUCUUGGAUUGGGCAGUAUUUUCGUGCUUUUCGGGAUAUUUUGGUUAAAACUCAACAUGUUCGUCACUCUUCGAUACCUCGUUGGUCUCGGCGUCGUUACCUUCCUCGCAGGCAAUAAAAUGCUAUCGCGCAUAGCGCAUAAACAUAAGUCGCGUUAAAAGUUCAAGCGCGUUACAAAGCAGAAUGAAUGAAACGUUUACUCAUUUAAACGACAUCUCUCAACAAACGAAAGCACGAAGGAGCGAAAUAUUUCGUUGAGCUAGUUAACGAGGAUCGUCGAUCACGGUGUAACGUUAAUUUUAUAACACGAGUUUGUUGCACGCGCGAUAAAGCAAUACUAUUUAUGCGUACAUUUUAUCUGUGUUAUGGAACAAACCUAAAAUACUUUCGGUGCGCGUCUAUCAUUCCAUUGUCACCAUUACCGAUUAGCCUAUGGUUCGUCGAAAAAAAAUAUAUAAAAACCUAAAUAAAAUAUACGAAUUCUUAACA